AUGCUCCUCCACGGUCUUCUCGCUGUCCUCGCCGCCACGGGCGCCAUGGCUCACCCCAAGGUUGUCGACGGUCGCCUCGAGCAGCGCGGUCUUGAGGACCGCGCUGUUGUUGAGGAGCGCGAGCUUGCUACCCGCGCCUCCACCGCCACCGCCUGCUCGUACACCAUUACCAGCUACUCGACUGUCGCCAGCGGUGUCGCCUCGAAGUGCAACAACCUUGUCCUCAAGGCCUUUACCGUUCCCGCUGGUAAGGCUCUCGACCUCUCCGGCCUUGCCACCAACACCAACGUCAACAUGAAGGGUGACAUUACCUUCGCCUCGGGUACCAACUGGGCUGGUCCUCUCUUCGUUAUCAAGGGUACCAACGUCAACUUCCAGGGCAACGGCUACACCUUCAACGGUAACGGCCAGGACUACUGGGACACCAAGGGCAGCAACGGCGGUGUGACCAAGCCCAAGAUGGCCAAGAUCUCCAACUCGGGUUCUUUCAGGAACGCCAUCUUCCUCAACACCCCUGUCCAGGCUAUCUCGGUCGGCGCUACCUCGCCCCUCACCAUUGCCGGUGUCACCAUUGACAACCGCGCUGGUAACACUCUCUCUGGCGGCAGCGCCCUUGGCCACAACACCGACUGCUUUGACGUUUCAGCCUCGAACGUUCUCAUUGACAGCAACAAGUGCUACAACCAGGACGACUGCCUUGCUAUCAACAAGGGCACCAACAUCACCUUCAGCAACAACUACUGCAACGGUGGUCACGGUAUCUCUAUUGGUUCUAUCCAGAGCGACGUCGUUGUCAAGACCGUCGUCAUCAAGGGCAACGCCAUUGUCAACAACACCAACGCUCUCCGCAUCAAGACCGUCUACGGCGCCACUAACGCCUCGGUUACCGACGUCACCUACAAGGGCAACGCUGCCUCGGGCACCACCACUUACGGUGUCGACAUCCAGCAGGACUACGAGAACGGCUCGCCUACCGGCACUGCCACCAGCGGUGUUAAGAUCAAGAACGUCGUCUUCAGCGGCACCAACAAGAUCGGCAUGGCCUCGAGCGGCAAGCAGGCCUACGUCCUCUGUGGCUCCGGCACCUGCACUGGCUUCGACUUCACUGGUCUCUGCUUCACCGGCGGCUCCAAGGGCUCCGUCAGCGGCGUCUCUUCCAUCACGGGAUUCACCCUUGGUUCGCAGACUUGCAGCUAA